AUGAAUUCCAUUCUCCCGAAACGCGCGAGCUCACAGCAUUACCCUAUCGAAGACGAGCGGCCCGCAAAGCGCAUCUCGACACCUGCCGGUCAGCGUCUCUCCGUCAUUUUGGAUGCCAAACGUUCCAAAUCUCCCGCGUCGGCGGCCAAAAUCAGCGUGACCACUGAGAGCACAUUCUGCAACGACCCUUCGCAUCAGCACGUAGAACCAGUUCAGCAUGGCCACAGGGCUGAGAGGAGGUCGGGCUUCAUUUCAGUCUUGACUGGCAGCAGAUUGGCUACGCCAAGAGAAAGCGGCGAGGAGGCGCGCAAUGGGAGCAAUCUCAGUGUCAGUGUCUGGAGCGAUAGGGACAGAGACGAGGAGAAGUUUGGCCAUGUAAGAAAUAGAAGACGAGGGGCCUGUGGUUGGGGUUGGAAGAAACUGCUUCUAGUCGCCAUCGUUAUUCUUGCGCUGAUAGUAGCACUGGGUGUGGGUUUAGCAUUGGGACUCAAGAAAGGUGGGAACAAAGAUGAAGCUUCAAGCAACAAAAGCAGCACCAGCAACUCACCUGCGAAUACGACAGGCGGCCCAAUACCAGCAGGCGGCGGUGCUCACCCUAGCCCGACCACAGACUCCCCUCCUCCGCCAGCAUCCAAACAUACUCCUUCUGCUCUACCUUCCAACUUUCCCGUCGGCUCAUACUCUUUCGUCGUUUUCCUCGAUACAGUCAACACCGGAUGUACUGGAAACGCAAACACCUGGACAUGCGCGCCCAAGACCGACUACUACGACGACCCACAGAAGGCGCUGACAGUGUUGAACUGGAAAAUCAGCGGUUCUUCGGGCGCGUACAAGAUAUCUUCAGGCGGGCACGACGCAACCUUCGAUACAAUGUUCCAGAACGAAAACCUCGACUUGUUAGAUCGGGGCCUGGAUACGGAGCGAUAUAGAUUCCAGAUCUCUCGGUCGAAGACGGUCAACAUGACUGGAACCAUUGGGAACAAAAAGGGCGACUUUGAGUGCGAUUACGGUGCGACGAACAUGCAGGGAUUCUUGUACACCAAGAUGCAGCAAACAUACCCCGACGAGACCAUUGCAUUCAAAGGCACCAGCAGCCCUAACUGGCCAUUCGCGGUGCGUGUGGAACAAGCGGUAGCUGGAGGUGCGGGCAUUCCCUCAUGCAAAAGUUCGUCAGGCGACGACGUGAGCCCCAAAGCUCAGGAUGCAGGCACCUUGUGUUCUUGUCUCUACAAGAACUGGACACCCCAGCCCAAAUAG